AGGCGUCGUUACCCCUUGCAACAAAUCGGCGGCAACAGCGCUGGUAGUUGUGUUCCAAAGUUGUGACUUGCUUGUCAACAAAACAGAAAAAGAUAAUAAUGACAUUAAAUAGCAGUUGGAACUGGUCAUAGAAGACGAAAUCAAUCUGCAACCGAAGACCCAAAAUGGCAACAGCCAAUGGACUUAUAAAUGGUGUGCGCCCAAACUCGCCAGUCAACAGCAUUCUGGCAUCAACAAGCAGAAAUGGCACACUUGAAGCAGAUAGUCUAUCUCGACAUAAGAGCAAAACCGCUGGGAUGGGUCCAGAUGGGUUUCCUGUGUUGCCUCCAAUACAGAAGCCUUUGAGACAAAAAGAAGACCCAUACUCCAAGAGCAAAUUAAUGACAUUCCGCUUGGCUGAUCAAAAUAAAGCUCUUCUCAUGCAGAUUUUACAUGACAGUGCCAUCAAAGCAGCAGAUGAGGCUCACUUCUUUAAUGAGACAAAAACAGAAGAAAGUCCUGGUCCACCAGAAUAUCCUGUUGAGAUGAUGAGCAAAGAUCGAAGGAUAAGGAUAAACUACCAGUUCCUCAAGAAGUCUGUGGAGAGUGGCCCCAUCACACCUAUGCAGCAUCAGUGGGCAGACCACAUCAAGAACCUGAUCCCUGAACAUCUUCGCAACUCGCCAGCUCUAAAGGAUGUAAUGAAUGAGUUAUUUGAAGAAGUCCGCAGAAACUUCAAGGAAAGCAUGAAAAAAUCUAUGGUCCAACAUGUCCUCCUCAAACCACCAGUGAAGGGACUAGAAAAUGAUGUGGCAGGUCCACCACCCUCAGAACCAGAGGGUCUUGACUUCUCCCGAUCUUGGCAUGAUGCUUUCCUGACUCACCGGGAAAUCAUCAAGGAAGAGCUGUAUUUGCUGCACCCUUCCAUGCAGACAGUGCUGCGAAUGUGUCAGACGACUCUGGGCAGCAUGAUUCUGGUGGACUGCUCCACAUACAGGAUGAAUGGACCUAUGGACUUUGAAGGACUGAAGAACAGCGUGACCUUGGAUCUUGAAAAGACUGAGGAGAAGCUGAUGCACAGUUGGUAUCCUGGUGUCAUCAAUAUAUUUGCUGAUAAGAAUAACUUCACCAGUAUCAAGCCAGAGAAGAUGGAGUCCUUCUACAACAGUGUCAGCACACUAAUCUCCAAUCAGCUGAAAGAUUUGCUGCUGCGUACCAUCAAUGCGUACCUGUCUUUAUUUGAGCAUGACAAUCGGCUAAAGCUGCCACUGCUCAAGAUGGAGCUGACGUUCGAUGAUCAGGAAAUGCAGUUUUAUCCUCCAGUUCAAGACCUUGAAGAGGCUGUGUUGUUUGUGGUCACUCAGAUCACCAAGACUAUGCAACAGGUACCCACCAUACAGUCCUGGCUUGCUGGUGGCAAUACCACAACCAACACAGAUGCCUGUGUAGCAUCACACAUACUCAAAGAGAUUAUCAUCCAACUGAAACAGGCAGUUGAGAACUAUUUUGAAGGUCCUCGUCAGCACCUUCAAUCUUUCAUUGAUCGGUAUGACUACAUUGUGAAUGGAGAAGCACUGAAAGAAAUUCACUCUUAUAUGGAGGAGGAACAUACCUUUGCCGAAUACACAACACAAAUCGAAAAGUAUCGUGCCCUGGCAAGUGAAAUCAUGGGCCUGCCGUCCAUAGAACACUAUGACAUGAUACGCCUGGACUGUGAAGAUCUUAAGCGGGGAUUGGCAGAGGCUGCCCGAGGACUGGCUGACGAACUCCUCAGUCGGGUAUCUGCUGACCACCGCAGGGAAAAUGAAAACAUAUGCAAAGAGUUUGCCAAUAUUCAAGAGCAAGCACUCAAGUUGCCAGAAACAAGUGAAGAGCUGAUGGAGAUGGUCACCUUUGUGGAGAAUGCUCGUACAAUUGGCAUGAUCAAACUCAACGAGCGUAUCAAGGAGUCCAAGGAUCGCCUGGCUUAUCUGAUCGAUGUCUUCAUGUUCACACCUAAAGACAUUGAACUGAACUGCGAGGUGCUCACCUGGCCUACUCGAAUCAACCCAGUUUUUGAUGAGAAUGAUGUUCUGGUGGAGAGCUCAAAGCAGAAGGCAGAGAAGAGCUUGGUAGAGAGACGGGAGAAGGUCAUGCUUGAGCUAGAGAAGCUCCGCCAGCGCGUUGAUGAAUUCAACGAUUAUGGAGAACUGGAUAUGAUGCAACAGUAUGUGCAGGACGUAGUGAAGGUGCAACGACGCAUUUCAGACCUCCAGGAACAGAUUGAAUGGAUUAACAAGGAAGAGGCUCUGUUCAAAUAUCCCAUCACCACAUACCCCGAUGUGGAGGAAAUCACCAGCUCCCUAGACCCCUUCAUGCGGCUCUUCAAUGUGGUCCUCAAAUGGCAACGGGCAGAGAAGAAGUGGAUGGAUGGGAUGUUCCUGGAGCUGAACUCUGAAGCCAUUGAGGCAGAAGUGGAUGAGUACACACGAGAGUUGUAUAAGAUCCAAAAAGUAUUUGCGGCCAAGGUGAAAAAGAUGCAGAUUGAGUGGGAUGAACGCGACCGAGAGCGCAAGAAAAAGCGGCGCAUGGCAGAGGAAGAUGGCGAGGCUGUUCAUGAGGAAGAGGCUGAAGAACUUCAGAUUCCACAGGCUGUUGGUGUCUGCAACACUGUCAUGGAAACUAUGCAGGAGUUCAAGACGAUUGUGCCAGUAAUCUCUAUCAUGUGCAACCCUGGUAUCAGAGAGCGUCACUGGACCAAAAUGUCGGAUAUAGCUGGCUUUGAUCUGACUCCUGAUACAGGUACAACACUUCGGAAAGUCUUGAAGCUCAACCUUGAACCCUACAUGGAACAGUUUGAACAGAUAUCAGGAGCUGCCUCCAAGGAAUUUUCACUGGAGAAGGCCAUGAAGAAGAUGAUGGAUGAGUGGGAAUCCAUUGCCUUCACAUUAAUACAGUACCGUGACUCUGGCAUUUCCAUCCUUGCAUCUGUUGACGAUAUUCAAACAACUCUGGAUGAUCAGAUUGUCAAGACACAGACCAUGCGAGGCUCCCCCUUCAUCAAGCCUUUUGAGACUGAAAUUAAGACAUGGGAGGAGACCCUGAUGCGAACACAGGAGACAAUAGAUGAAUGGCUGAAGGUGCAGGCCCAGUGGUUGUAUCUGGAGCCCAUUUUCUCCUCAGAGGACAUCAUGCAACAGAUGCCUGAAGAAGGACGCCUGUUUCAGAUGGUGGACCGCAACUGGAAAGACGUUAUGCGCCAUACAGUCAAGGAUCCCAAGGUGCUUGUAGCUACAGGACUGCAAGGCUUGCUGGAAAAGUUAUCUGACAGUAAUGGUCUUCUGGACAAGAUCAUGAAGGGUCUCAAUGCUUAUCUGGAAAAGAAACGACUAUUCUUCCCAAGAUUCUUCUUCCUGUCUAACGAUGAGAUGCUCGAGAUUUUGUCAGAGACUAAAGAUCCACUAAGAGUACAGCCACACCUGAAGAAGUGCUUCGAGGGCAUUGCCAAAUUAGAGUUUGACAACAAGCUUGACAUCCAUGCAAUGUUUAGUAGCGAGGGAGAGAAGGUAAAAAUGAGCCAGGUUAUCUCAACCUCAGAAGCUAGAGGGGCUGUGGAGAAAUGGCUGCUGCAGGUUCAGGAUGUAAUGCUGAUGUCUGUUAGAGAUGUUGUGGAAGCUGCAGUGGAGGCAUAUCUUAUCUCCCCACGAACAGACUGGGUCAAAGAGUGGCCCGGCCAAGUGGUGCUCUGUGCUUCCCAGGUCUACUGGACUCGCGAGGUGCAUGAGGCUAUCAAGACUGGCCCACUUGGCCUGAAGGACUACUGGGAUCGCUUGCAGGAACAACUCAAGGACGUUGUCGCCCUGGUGCGAGGCAAGCUGACCAAGCAGCAGCGCAUAACUUUGGGGGCACUCGUUGUCAUUGAUGUGCAUGCACGUGAUGUGGUCCUGGACAUGGCCAACAAAGGUGUCGCCACACAGAAUGACUUCAACUGGCUGGCCCAGCUGAGAUACUAUUGGGAAGAGUCUAGAAUGCUUGUCCGCAUCACAAAUGCAACUGUCAACUACUGCAACGAAUAUCUGGGUAACUCUGCACGUCUUGUCAUCACUCCCCUGACAGAUCGGUGCUACCGAACACUUGUGGGGGCCUUCCAUCUCAACCUCAAUGGAGCACCCGAAGGUCCAGCUGGCACCGGCAAAACUGAGACUACCAAAGACCUUGCUAAAGCUAUAGCUGUGCAGUGUGUUGUCUUCAACUGCUCUGAUGGACUUGACUACAUUGCCAUGGGCAAGUUCUUUAAAGGUCUUGCCUCGUCCGGUGCUUGGGCAUGCUUUGACGAGUUCAACAGAAUCGACCUUGAAGUCUUGUCUGUUGUGGCUCAACAGAUCCUGUGCAUCAUCCGAGCUGUCCAAGCUCAUGUCCAGAGGUUUGUCUUUGAAGGCACAGAGCUUGACCUCAACCCUAACUGUUAUGUGUGUAUCACCAUGAACCCUGGCUAUGCUGGCCGCUCAGAACUUCCAGAUAACCUCAAGGUGUUGUUUCGAACAGUGGCCAUGAUGGUUCCAGAUUAUGCCAUGAUUGCCGAGAUCUCCUUGUAUUCAUUUGGAUUUCUGGAUGCCAGAAACCUCGCAGUGAAGAUUGUGACCACGUACCGCCUGUGCUCCGAGCAGCUUUCCUCCCAGUUUCACUACGACUACGGCAUGCGAGCUGUUAAAGCAGUACUGUCAGCAGCUGGAAACCUCAAGCUCAAGUUCCCUGAUGAAGCAGAGGAUAUUUUGUUGCUGCGGUCCAUCAUCGACGUAAACCUUCCCAAGUUUUUGUCACAUGACAUUCCACUUUUCAACGGCAUCAUCUCAGACUUGUUCCCAGGCCUACAUCUACCUGAGGCGGACUACAAAGUUUUCCUGAAUGCUAUGGAGCGCAUUGCUCUUCAGAAAAACUUGCAGUUUGUGGACUUUUUCAAGGAGAAAAUUAUCCAGACUUAUGAGAUGAUGAUUGUACGCCAUGGCUUCAUGCUUGUGGGUGAGCCUUUUGGUGGCAAGACCAAGGUGCUUGAGACUUUGCAAGGUGGAAUGACUAUGUUGUGCAAUGAGGGUGAAGAGGAAUAUGAGCGGGUUAUCACCAGGAUAAUAAACCCCAAAUCCAUUACCAUGGGUCAGCUGUUUGGACAGUUUGAUCCCGUGUCCCAUGAGUGGACGGAUGGAGUAGUGGCCAACACUUUCCGUGAGUUUGCUUCUACAGACACGCCAGACAGAAAAUGGGUUAUCUUUGAUGGUCCCAUUGAUGCCCUGUGGAUUGAAAACAUGAACACUGUGCUUGAUGACAACAAGAAGCUGUGUCUUAUGAGCGGAGAGAUUAUUCAAAUGUCUCCAGUCAUGAGCUUGAUCUUUGAGACAAUGGAUCUCUCGCAAGCAUCUCCAGCUACUGUGAGUCGGUGUGGCAUGGUGUACCUGGAACCCAUCACACUAGGCUGGCGUCCACUGGUCAAAUCCUGGCUUCAGGUCUACCCUCAGGUUCUAGGAGAAGAGUGUAAAGAGCUCACCCAUGUCAUGUUUGAGUGGCUUGUAGACCCCUGCUUGGACUUCGUGCGUAAGAACUGCAAGGAUUACUGUCCCGCAGGGCAGGCUAACCAGGUCCACUCGCUUAUGCGUCUGAUGGACAUGCUGAUGCAUGAACCAGUCAACAAGGAAGAUUCAGCAGAUAACAAGCAUCUUCGGUUUUGGCUUGCUGCUGCUUUGAUGUUUUCCAUCCCAUGGUCCAUUGGAGGAUGUUUGGAUGUUGACAGCCGCAAAAAGUUUGAUGUCUUCUACAGGGAUCUACUUUCAGGCAAGUUUGAUGAGAAUCCAGUGCCAAAGGAGAUUGGCAAACUGGAAAUUCCAUUUCCUCCUGAACAAACGACUUACGACUACUUCUUUGAGCAAAAAGCGAAGGGUCAGUGGCGUCACUGGAAUGACCUGGUGCGGGGCACAGAAAUCAAGACCAAGAAGAUCCGUGAGAUGCUGGUUCCCACCAUGGACACAGCUCGCUACACCUUCCUGAUGGACCUCUGUAUUGAGCAUGCUAGGCCACUGCUGUUUGUGGGCCCAACAGGCACUGGCAAGAGUGUUUACGUACAAGAUAAACUCAUGAAUGGUCUGUCCAAGGACCGCUAUCUACCCACCUUUGUCAACUUCUCAGCUCAGACUAGUGCCAACAUGACACAGAACAUCAUCAUGUCCAAGCUAGACAAGAGACGAAAGGGUGUGUUUGGACCCCAAAUGGGCAAGAAGUCCAUCAUCUUUGUGGACGACCUCAACAUGCCAGCCAAAGAAGUUUAUGGUGCUCAACCCCCUAUAGAACUGCUGCGACAGUUCAUUGACCAUGGUAACUGGUAUGACCUUAAAGACACCUCCAAGAUUGUUCUGCAGGACAUUCAGUUCAUCACUGCUAUGGGUCCACCGGGUGGUGGCCGUAACACAGUGACCCCUCGUUUUUUGCGCCACUUCAGCGUUGUGUCCAUGAACCCCUUCAGUGAAGAGACAAUGACCAAAAUCUUUUCGACUCUUAUGUCAUCCUACCUCAGAGGCCAAGAGUUUUCUGCCGAUUUCUUUGCGAUGGGUACCCAGAUCGUCAGUGCCACCUUGGAAAUGUACAAAAAGGCUAUGGAUAACCUGCUGCCUACACCUGCCAAGUCGCACUAUGUUUUCAACUUGCGAGAUUUCUCUCGCGUCAUUCUGGGUGUCUGCCUAAUCAGAAAGGAACAGGUUGAAAACAAACGAGUGUUUGUGAGACUUUGGGUCCACGAAGUGAUGCGAGUCUUCUAUGACCGUUUAACAGAUGAUCAAGAUAGAGCAUGGCUGUUCAAAACAGUGUCUGGUCUUGUCAAAGAGCAUUUCAAAGAAAGCUUUGAUGGUGUCUUUGAGCACCUGGCCAAUGCAGGACAGGGAGGGAAGUGUCAAGAGGAGGAUCUGCGCAGUUUGAUGUUUGGGGACUUCAUGAACCCUGAUGCAGCACCAGAGGAGCGUGUAUAUCAAGAAGUCAUGUCCCUUGAUGAAAUGUACAGUGUUGUACACCAGUGCCUGGAGGAAUACAACAAUACGCAUAAGAACCGCAUGAACCUUGUCAUCUUCAGAUAUGUGCUGGAGCACCUGUCCCGCAUCUGCCGCAUUCUAAGAGCUCCUGGCGGCAAUUCCCUGCUGGUUGGUGUGGGCGGCAGUGGCCGUCAGUCCCUGACCAGACUGGCCACCGCCAUGGCAGGCUAUGGCCUCUUCCAGCCAGAGAUUUCAAAGAACUAUGGCAAGACUGAAUGGAGGGAAGAUAUCAAGAACCUGCUAAAGACAACAGGAGCACAAGGCAGGACCACAGUCUUCCUCAUCACAGACACUCAGAUUAAGGAAGAGUCCUUUUUGGAGGAUAUUGACAGCCUUCUAAACACUGGUGAGGUGCCCAAUCUUUUUGCAUCCGAUGAAAAGGCUGAGAUCAUGGAGGCAGUCCGUCCUGUGGCUCAGGCCGGAGACAAGAAUGCCGAUUUCAGUCCCUUGGCAUUGUUUGCUUUCUUUGUCAACCGAUGCCGUGAAAACCUUCACAUCAUGAUUGCCUUCAGUCCCAUUGGGGAUGCUUUCCGUAAUCGACUUCGUCAGUUUCCUUCACUCAUCAACUGCUGCACUAUUGAUUGGUUUCAGCCAUGGCCAGAUGAUGCUCUGGAGCGUGUGGCCAACAGUUUUCUGGAGGAUGCUGACAUUGAAGACAACGAAAAGCGGGAGACUGUACAUAUCUGCAAGUACUUCCACCAGAGUGUACGAGAACUGUCAGAAAAAUACCUCCGUGAACUUGGACGACACAACUAUGUGACACCAACCUCCUAUUUGGAGCUGAUCAACUCCUUCAAAAACCUGCUGCAAAAGAAGCAAGAUGAGACCAUGAAAGCCAAGAGACGCUACGUUGUUGGCCUGGAUAAGCUGGCUUUUGCUGCCUCUCAGGUGGCAGAUAUGCAAAAAGAGCUUGAGGAACUUCAGCCACAGUUAGUAAUAGCAGCUGAAGAGAACACACGCAUGAUGGGAGUGAUCGAGAAGGAAUCAGCAGAGGUGGAGGAGACAUCCAAGCGGGUGAAGGCGGAUGAGGCUGCGGCCAAUGCGCAGGCUGCAGAAGCCCAAGCCUUGAAAGACGAGUGUGAGGCAGAGCUUGCUGAGGCCCUCCCUGCACUGGAGGCUGCAUUGGCUGCUCUCAACACAUUGAAGCCCGCUGAUAUUACAAUUGUGAAAUCCAUGAAGAACCCACCUGCUGGAGUUAAGCUUGUGAUGGCUGCAGUUUGUGUCAUGAAGGACAUCAAGCCUGAGAAAAUCAACGACCCUGAUAAACCAGGCCAGAAGAUCAUGGACUACUGGGGCCCAUCCAAGCGUCUGCUAGGUGACAUGAACUUCUUGGGCAUGCUGAAAGAGUAUGAUCGGGACAACAUUCCAGUCCAUGUCAUGCAGAAAAUACGCAAGGAGUACAUCACAAACCCGGAGUUUGAUCCUGCCAAGGUGGCCAAUGCUUCCUCAGCUGCAGAGGGCCUAUGCAAGUGGAUCUUGGCAAUGGAGAUUUAUGACCGCGUGGCAAAGGUGGUGGCCCCUAAAAAAGUGCGGCUGGCUGAAGCUGAGGAUGAGCUACAAAAGACCAUGAACAAUCUGAACGCCAAGCGAGCUGAGUUAGCAGCUGUAGAGAAGCGUCUGGCAGACCUGCAAACCACUUUUCAGGAGAUGACGGAGAAGAAAGAAAAGUUAGAAUUUCAGGUGGAUCUGUGUGGUAAGAAACUGGAACGUGCCAAGAAACUGAUUGGUGGACUCGGUGGAGAGAAAAGCAGAUGGACACAAGCAGCCAACGAUCUGCAGAACAUCUAUGAUAAUCUCAUGGGGGAUGUGCUCAUUUCUGCAGGUGUUAUUGCCUACCUUGGUCCCUUCACCUCUGCCUUCCGUGAGCGUGCAACUGUUGAGUGGGUGAAACUGUGCCGGGACAAAAAGAUACCGUGCAGCCAAGAAUUUUCUUUAAGCAAGACACUUGGAGAACCCAUUAAAAUCCAAGCCUGGAACAUUGCUGGUCUGCCCAAAGACAGUUUCAGUAUUGAUAAUGGUGUCAUUGUGGCAAAUUCACGAAGAUGGCCUCUAAUGAUUGACCCACAAGGCCAGGCAAACCGCUGGGUGAAGAACUCAGAGAAAGAUAACACUUUGUCAGUCAUAAAGUUGACAGAUAGCGACUACAUGCGAACACUUGAGAACUGCAUCACGUUUGGUAACCCUUUGCUGCUGGAGAAUGUAGGAGAGGAGCUCGACCCAUCACUAGAACCACUUCUCUUGAAACAGACAUUCCGUCAGACUGGUGUGGACAUGAUCCGUCUUGGUGACAACAUAAUUGAGUACUCUCAGGACUUCAGGUUCUACAUUACCACCAAGCUCCGCAACCCUCACUACCUUCCAGAGCUAUCUACCAAGGUUUCAUUGCUGAACUUCAUGAUCACACCAGAGGGGUUGGAGGAUCAGCUUCUGGGUAUUGUUGUGGCCAAAGAAAGGCCAGAACUGGAAGAAGAGCGCCAGGCAUUGAUUGUCACAAGUGCUGCCAACAGAAAGCAGCUGAAGGAAAUUGAGGACAAGAUCUUGCACACACUUUCAGCGUCCGAGGGCAACAUUCUGGAAGAUGAGAGUGCCAUCCAAGUGCUGGACUCCUCCAAGGUUCUCUCUGAUGAAAUCUCAAAAAAACAGAAGGUGGCUGAAGAAACCGAGAAGAAGAUUGAGGCAUCCCGAAUGGGUUAUCGCCCCAUUGCACGCCACUCGGCCAUUCUCUUCUUCUCUCUCACAGACCUGCCCAACAUCGACCCCAUGUACCAGUACUCCCUGACCUGGUUUGUCAAUCUCUUCAUCAUGUCCAUCCAUGACAGUAAUAAGUCAAAGAUCCUAGAGCGCCGCCUGCGUUAUCUGAGCGACCACUUCUCCUACCUGUUGUAUGACAAUGUGGCCCGCUCACUGCUGGCCAAGCACAAACUGGUCUUCUCAUUUUUACUGUGUGCAAAUCAGCUUAUAGCCCGCAAUGACCUGGAUCGGCAAGAGUUCAUGUUCUUCCUGACAGGAGGCAUUGGCCUGGAAAAUAAACUAAAGAACCCAGCACCCAGCUGGCUCACAGACAAAAGCUGGGAUGAGAUUUGUCGUCUCACAGAUCUCAAGGCAUACAAGAAGUUCAGGGAACAUUUUGAAAAGAACAUAAACAGAUGGUAUGAGUUCUAUAGUUCUAAAGAGCCCCACAAGGUGGAGCUGCCUGACCCCUGGCAAUCACAGCUGAAUGACUUCCAGCGCAUGAUCGUCAUGCGCACCAUCAGGCAGGACAAGAUUGUGUUGGCAAUAACAGACUUUGUCAUGGAGAAGCUAGGAAAGAAGUUUGUAGAGCCCCCUCCCUUUGACUUGGCCAAGUCCUACAAUGACUCUAACCCAUGCACACCGCUCAUAUUCAUCCUGUCUCCUGGUGCUGACCCAACCAUGAGUUUGCUCAAGUUUGCCGACGACAAAGGGUUUGGAGGAAACAAGUUCAACUCCAUCUCUCUGGGACAAGGACAGGGUCCCAUCGCAGCUAAAAUGAUCACCAAGGCUCGGGAGGAAGGUUCAUGGGUGAUGCUGCAAAACUGCCACCUGGCUGUGUCUUGGAUGACAGCAAUGGAGAAGAUCUGUGAGGAUUUCAGCCCUGAGAACACACACCCAGACUUCAGACUCUGGCUCACCAGCUACCCCUCAGACAAGUUUCCUGUGACGGUGCUUCAGAAUGGUGUGAAGAUGACCAAUGAGCCUCCCACAGGCCUCCGUCAGAAUCUGUUACAGUCCUACCUCAAUGAUCCCAUCAGUGAUGAGACUUUCUUUUCUGGCUGCCCAGGAAAGGAAUCAAACUUUGAAAAACUCUUGUAUGGCCUGUGUUUCUUCCAUGCCCUUGUGCAAGAACGCCGCAAGUUUGGCCCCUUAGGAUGGAACAUUGCCUAUGGUUUCAAUGAGUCAGAUCUCCGCAUCUCCAUUCGACAGCUGCAGAUGUUCAUCAAUGAGUACGAUGAGGUCCCAUUUGAUGCAAUCAGAUACAUGACUGGAGAGUGCAACUAUGGAGGGCGUGUGACAGAUGACUGGGAUCGCCGCUGUCUGCUGACCAUUCUGGAUGAUUUCUAUAACCCUCAUGUCAUCACGGAGCCCAAAUGCAAAUUCUCUCCCAGUGGCAAUUAUUUUGUGCCUCCUAAGGGCACAUACAAUGACUAUGUUGAGUUUAUCCGGGCUUUACCAGUCACACAGAACCCUGAGGUGUUUGGUAUGCACGAGAAUGUGGACAUCUCGCGUGAGCUGCAGGAUGUGCGCCUUCUGUUUGACUCGGUACUGCUCACCCAGGGUGGAUCUGGUGGUGGUGGUGGAGCCAAGACAGAUGACACUCUUUAUGGUAUUGCCUCUGACAUCUUAGGAAAGCUGCCAAAGGACUACAACAUUGAGGCAGCAACAAAGAAAUACCCUGUAGUCUACAAUGAGAGUAUGAACACUGUUCUGGUUCAAGAAAUGGAACGCUUUAACAGGCUGCUUUCUGUCAUACGAUCAUCACUUCAAAAUGUUCAAAAGGCAAUCAAAGGGCUAGUGGUGAUGUCAGCUGAGCUGGAGGCUUUGACUACCAACCUUCUCAUUGGCAAGCAGCCAGCCAUGUGGGCUAAGCACUCCUACCCAUCAUUAAAACCACUGGGAUCGUACAUUAACGACUUUUUAGAGAGACUUAGAUUCCUUCAGAACUGGUAUGAUGAAGGCAAGCCAACACAGUUCUGGGUUUCUGGUUUUUUCUUCACACAAGCCUUUCUGACAGGGGUGAUGCAGAAUUAUGCCAGGAAGUACACAAUCCCCAUAGACAAACUGGCUUUUGAUUUCAAGAUUCUGAAGGUGGACAAAGUGAGUUAUGUUCCUGAGGAUGGAGCCUACAUACAUGGCCUUUUCCUGGAUGGAGCACGUUGGGAUAGAGAGAAAGACUUGCUGGAGGAGCAGCUGCCUAAAGUUCUGAAUGACAUUGUUCCCAUCAUCUGGCUACAGCCAAGCCUUAUGGACAAGAUUGACAUGUCUGCAAAACGGUACAAGUGUCCUGUGUACAAAACGAGUGAGCGCAAGGGUGUGCUUUCCACCACUGGUCACUCCACAAACUUUGUGUUACCCAUCCUCCUCCCCACAGACAAGCCUGUUCAACACUGGAUCAAGCGUGGCUGUGCCCUUCUGUGUCAGCUGGACGACUGAGGUGAAUGGACAGGCUUCUUUACUUUUUUUACUGUGCCCAGAGAGAUGGAGGGUGGAGGGUACUAUGAACAGCAUGAACAUUCAUAUUCACUUCAUGAAGGGGGAUGGGGCAAGAAAUUUACAAUUCUCAUCAGGUUAAGUGUUCUCACUUCCAAAAAUGCUGAAGAAUUUUUUCCUCAGCUGUUGCUUAACUGAAACAAGCACAAGUUGGAGCCCAGUUCUGUUUGAGCUUGCUUAAUUGAAGCACUUCACAGACUGCUUUUGUUUUAAUUUGCUGUAGCAACAGGAAGAAGAAUAUGUAGAUAUCAAAGGAUUUACUAUGGUUUGACAAUCGCUUGGUCAUAAAGUAAAGGAAAGCAACAUCUCAAUGCAGCAAAAGGAAAAAAGUUGCUAACGUCAUUGCUGUCACAAUCACUCAGACUGAUACAAUUAUGAUGGACCGAGAAAGUACUCAUCAGAACGUAUGUCUGCAUCUGGCGUAGGAUUCUUCAGAAGCUUCGCUCACCUUGUGGUUAUGAAUGUUUAUAUUGCUUUUCUGCAACAUUUCUGCGACUUGGUUGUUAAUCUUAUUUAGCUGUUCCUGGCCUUACAUCUUUACAGUAUUAGUCUGAAAGUACUUUUUUUUAGUCUGUAUUUGGAAUUUAAUUUGCUGUUAUGUUUAUAAUGAGAAAAUUAUGUAUAUACAGUGUACAUAUAUUUUACAGUGGCAUAGACUGUAUCCACUUCCUGUCACUUUUUUGUGAUUUUCCACAUUUCCAAUUCACAUGAGAUUGUGUCAUAAGUCUUGUGAUUACAACACUUGUUCUGUUUGUAUAUCUAUCAUUCAGAUCUAUUUUGAGCAAAACAUUUUUGUAAAAAUCAGUAUUGCCUGUUUGCUUUCUUGUUUAUUUGUAAAAAUCAUUCCCAAAGAGAUAUUUAUAGCUCUUCACAAGUAUUUUUAUAUUGCUUAUUGUCAGUCCACAAAGUGUUAAUAGUACACAAUGACUAUAGUAACAAAUAGUCACACUCUGCAUGCCAGUCAAAUCAACAUAUCAGGUUGAAAUAUUUAUCUGCGUGUUAGUAAAACUAUCUAUGACAACAAUGGCACAACUUCACAGUUUUUGAAAAGUCAUUUUUGUACAUUUUAUGAAAAUUAUGUCAGAUAUAACAGAAAUGCUGUGAUACAAAUAAAGAUUUAAUGAGAUGGUUA